GGAAUUAGAAAAAGCAAAUUCCUACGGCAAGGGGCUUGUUUGUCUGCGACACUGGCUUGGCAGGGGCGGAUCCCAGCUCUCCUGCCAUGCAGCAGGAAACAGGAAGGUUUGUGCUCGCCCCCUCCUGCCUGCGCUCUGAGGAGGGCUCAUUAAGCAGCCCUGUUUUCAAACUGAAGUUGCAGGCAACAAAGCUGGAGUUCACACACACUCCCCUCCACUCAGCAAACAGGCACCAGCGUGCACCCGGCAGGGAGAGGAGCCUUCUGAGGUGUGUGGGGGACAAACUGGUGGGAGCUACAGCGCCCCAGGCCCACGUGCAGCGCAGCAGCUUAGGGGCGAGUGAAUAGGUUCACCCUUUGCCUCGAGUCCCUCUGCACCGACCAUCCCAGCGACUGGGAGAGCAUGGCAGCAGCGUGGAUUGCACUGCAGGGGCUACUGCUGGGCGCAGCCUUGCUGCAGCUGGAAGGGUCAAAGUCCCAUUCUGAGGAGUUCCCGCCCUACAUCAUUGAUCAUCCAACAGACUUGGUGGUGCGUUGGGACCAGCCUGCCACCCUAAACUGUCGCGUGGCAGGGAGCCCGGCACCCACUAUUGAGUGGUACCGUAAUGGGGAGUAUGUGGAAACGAGCAAAGACAACGUUUAUUCCCAGCGCACGCUUCUGCCUGAUGGGUCGCUCUUCUUCCUCCGCCUCAACCAGCGGAAGGGCCAGUCCGACGAAGGGGUGUACACCUGCGUAGCCACGAACCACCUGGGCACAGCCAGCAGCAAGAACGCGUCCCUCUACAUUGCCGCGCUGCGGGAAGAUUUCCGGCUGCAGCCCAGCGACCUGCUGGUGACAGUGGGGGAGCAGGUGCUGUUAGAAUGUGUGCCCCCGAGGGGGCAUCCUGAGCCCACCAUCUCCUGGAAGAAGGACGGGGUCCCCAUAAGCCAGAAGGCUGGCCAUUAUGAGGUCUCCAGCGGGAAGCUCCUGAUGGUGCACGCCCAGAGGAGUGAUGCUGGGCUGUAUGUGUGUGUGGCUUCCAACCAGGCAGGCCAACGAGAGAGCAAAGCUGCCCUGGUGUCUGUCCUGGAAAAGCCAACGUUCACUCGCAGACCCAGUGAUAUUGUGGCUAAAUUUGGCAGCACCGUCCAGCUGGGGUGUGGUGUUGAGGGGGACCCACUGCCCAAAGUAUGGUGGCACAAGGAGCACGGAGAGCUGCCCUGGGGCAGGCACGAGGUGGACGAGGAGAACACCUUGCGGAUUCAUUACGUGACAACACUUGAUUCCGGCAGGUACAUCUGCACGGCCCAGAACCAGGUGGGCACCGCCUCGGCCAAGGCCUCGCUCACUGUGCAGGACCCUCUGGACACUGGGCAGAGGGAGUGGCCGAAGGACAUCCCGCGGGAGAUGAUGGAUGUCCAGCUGUACCUGGACAACAGCACCACGCUCCCCUCCUCAUCUGCCGUCUACCUGCACUGGAAGGUGAUCCGCCCAUCCCAGCACACUGAGGGCCAUGCUGUGCUGUACCGCUCCCUGCUGCCGGUCAGCACGGACUGGGUUGAACGGAAGGUGCCCCGGGAGCACAGCAUCAUCAUCCCAGCCCUCAAGAGAGGCUACAAGUAUGAGUUCAAGGUUCGGCCCUAUGCCGGGAAGGUCCAUGGCCUGGACAGCAACGUCAGGCAACUCUGGAUCCCGGAGGAAGUGCCUAGCGCACCUCCUCAGCAUGUCACCAUCACAGCAGUGGAGGAUGGGAAUGGCACAGUGCUCAUCAGCUGGGACCCCCCUCCCCACCACACACACAACGGCAUCAUCCGGGGCUACAAGGUCUGGUACCUGGGCAAUGAAACUCACCAUCACUUGAACAGGACCGUGAAUGGAGGGACUCACAGUCUGGAAACAGUCAUGCUGCCGGCUGGGGUUAAAUACUGUAUCCAGGUAGCAGCCUUCAAUGGAGCUGGGCUCGGGGUGCCCAGCAAUGCCACAUGCAGCAGCGUAGAGCCCUUGGUGGAAAAGAUGGCCAGGACUCCGGCUGUGCUCUCCGUCAGCCACAUCCUGGCAGUGAUUCGCCAGCCUGUCUUCAUCGCUAGUGUGGGCUCGCUGCUCUGGCUCGUGUUGAUGGUGCUGGCUGUCUACCUGUGCCAAAACCACGCCAGGCGUUACAGCCAAGAACAGCAGCACGCCGUGGGCAAAGGUCUGUGCCGAUAUGCCAGUGACGACACCAUCGUCAAGCACAAGAUGGACGUGAGUGACUCCCCGUGGCUGGCUGACAGCUGGAAAGCCACCUCCUGCUCCAAGACCUUCAGCAGCAGCAGCAGCAGGUCGAGCAGUCAGCUCCUGUGGGCUGAGACCAAAGACAGCCUGGACUUCCACCGCUCCACCAUGUCCUUUGACAGGCCGAGCCGGAGCUCCCAGAUCCCGGGUGUCCCACGGGGGCCCGACAGCAGCAGCCUGUACCGGGUGCUCUAUGUCGACCUUCCUGCCAAGGACAUGCAAACCUUCCACCGCCCCCCGCUGCCCAGCACCCCUGGCCCUCACCGCAGAGCCGCGGAGCCUCGGGGACCCACCGACCCCAAGCUCGGGCCCCAUUACAGGCAGAGCCUCGGCAUGGAGAGCAGCUGUGUGGGGGGAGCCGAAAAAAGAGGGCUGUGGAAGCCAGCGGGCCCCGGGCCCCCCAGCCUCACCCUGCAGGGACCCUGGGAGAGUAGCAGCAAGAGAGAGCUGCAGCAGGUGCACAGCACCCCUGUGCUGUCACCCAGCCUCCCGGCAUACUCCAGCAGCCCUAGCAGUGUGCCCAGUACCAGCAGCCCAGGAAAGCGCCAUGCAGGAAAAGGAGAGAAUACCAAAGUGCUGAAAACCUUCAGCUCCCCCAAGCUGCUGCAAUCCAGAGGCUCACUGCACAGAACUGGCACAUUGCCCCCCCCUCCAGCUCCUCCCACUCCACACAGCCCCCAGGGCCAGGGCAUGCAGCCAGAGAGCAGAGACGGUGGGGAGGCAGCCAGGCCUUUCCCGGCUGGAGAGUUGCAGCAGAGCACAGAGAACGCCCUUCGGAGUGUGCUGCCCUCACCCGCGCUGCCCUACCGCCGCCUCGCCGCUGCCUCUCCCGCACCCUCUCUCGGCGACGAUGGGGAGGCCGUGCUGACGCCGGACCAGGUGGCUGCGUACCUGGAGCUCAGUGCGGAGGCCGAGUGCCAGAGGCCCCGGCAGGAGAGCUCCUUCUCCCCCCCUCACACCUACGGGUACAUCUGCGGCCCGCUGCUCUCUGAGCUGGGGGCAGGGCCUGCCCCCAAAGAGGACAACGACCCCGACGCGGAGGGGGGCGGCUGCCAGUCCAUGCCCUUCCUGCGCCGGUACUGCCGGACGCCCUCGUCCAGCUCGCUGGGCGGCUCCCUGCUCAACGGCUGGGGCUCCGUCUCCGAGGAGAACUUCACUAGCACCCGCUGCAGCCUGGUCAGCUCCUCCGACGGCUCCUUCCUCGUGGACGCCAGCUUCGCGCAGGCCCUGGCCGUGGCGGUGGACAGCUUCUGCUUUGGGCUGAGCCCGAGUGAGGCCGAGCCGGCCUACCCAGACUUCUCGCCACCCGUCUCCCCGCUGGAUAGGUUCCUUCCCCGUCCGGAGCACUGGGAGGGCAUGGCAUGGGCUGGAGCAGAGCCCCUUCCCCAUCCCACCUGGGAGUGGAGCACCGGCUGGCUGGAGGACAUGGAGGCCAAGUAUUCCCAGAGGCCUGAAGGGAUACCUGCCGCUGAGAAGCCGGAGGGGAAGGCAGCACUGAAUGGGACCCGGCCCCUUACUGGGCCAAACGGCAAGUGUUAGUGCUGGUGCUGGCUGGCACACGGGGACUGGGACGCUGGCAGGCCGGCCUGCUCUGGCAUCGCAGCGCUGCAUCCUCCCCAGCCAGGAGAUCAGCCAGAGCCCUUAGCAUCCCUGGGCUCUUCAGGGCAUGUCUACACCUAGACCCUGCGGCUGGCCCCUGCCAGCUGACUCGGGCUGUGGGGCUGUUUCAUUGCGGUGUAGAGGUUCAGGCAUGGGCUGCAGCCUGAGCUCUGGGCCCCUCCCUCUUGGCAGAGUCCCAGAGCCCUGGCUCCAGGCCUUGCUCCCAUGCUGGGGUUGGAACAGAAUCCUGUCCUCUGCGGAGCUCCCUGUGACACACGGUGCCUAGGCGAGGUGCCAGCCAGGCCAGACACAGGAGCACCCUCCGCUCACCCCUAGGGAGCACUGAGAAAAACCCACUGGGAUACUCCCCAGGAGGGGAGGCAGAACAAUCAAAGGGAGAGUCCUGGAGCCCGCUCCUACCCAGUGGCUAGGAAAGGGAGGAGAGUUCCCCACCCAGCCUGUGACCGGGAGCAGGAAAAAUCCCCAAACAGCCCCCUCUGGCAUCUCCUUGGAUAAGUGCCCCAGCCCCUUCCUGCUGCCGAACACUCUCUGCCCCGUAGCGCUCCCAAGUGUGAGUGCCACCCUCAGGAUAGAGUGAUAAAAACCUGGGCACAAACCCCUGAACUUCGAACCAACCAACUGCCCCAAGUGCAAACUGCACCGGCACUCUGACAGCCAAAACACGGAGCCCUGCCAGCCCCAGGGUGCUCUGCUCUGGCUUGCCACCCAUGGGAGCAUAUCUCCCUGACAGGUGACCCUGAAGACCAAGAAUCACAGCAGUAGUCAGGUACCCCCAGUCCCCAAGGACCAGUCACUUGGCCCAGGUCAGUUGCAUGUUAGGUCUCACCAAGGACAAUGCUUGUGGCCAAUCCUCUAAUAAACUACAUGAAGAUUUAUUACC